AUGGGAUCUCCGAGGAAAGAUUCCGGAGAUUACAGCGACGACGAAAGUGCCAGCCCGCCGACUGUCAGGACGCGCCUACCGCAAGUCACAUUCACAGCUGCGCCGGCAAUACAGUUGGAGCCGCCACCGCGAUUUGAAGCUGGAACCAAUCUGAUACUAUGGCAGACGAAGAUGCAAAGAUCCCUGCGUCGAGUGCCGACAGAAGAACACAGUCUGUGUAUCCUGGAUCGGUUAAGUGAUCAGGUACAAGAAUUACUGAUCAACGAGAACAUGGACGAGGAUUCCCUUCCCCCCUAA